CACUCGGCGACGGACUGCGAUCGCCUCCACUCGGUGUUUGGCUCGUGGAUAGUGAUUCCGAUCUCCGUCUCCGGAUCGCAGUUCGAGGCGCGUCACUGUGCCGUACGCAUCGCGAAAGUGUUCAGCCGUCGGGGUAAAAAUAAAUGUACAUAUACAUUUUGUAAAUGAAAAUAAACGCGUACGAGUGCUGAAAUAAACCAAAAACGCGAGUUAAUUGUGACCAAAUUACCGAUUAGCGAUUGAGAAAUGGCGGCCAGCGAAGCACCGGCCGCAGAGGUGACGGUGGAGGUGCAACCACUGCCAAAGGACUCGGAGGACGUCACCCUGGACGCCAUCCUGAAGCACCUGGGCCAGUUUGGGCGCUUCCAGCUAAUCAUCUUCGUGCUCAUUUGCCUUCCCAUGAUGUUCCACGCCAUGUUCUCGGUCACCUAUGUGUUCACGGCAGCCACCGUGACGCACCGAUGCCACAUUUCGGAGUGUGAUUCGGCGGAUAGCUCCUACUACGAGAACCACACGGAGUUCAGUAUUCCCCACAACGGGAAGGACCUGGAUGCCUGCAAUCGGUAUACCAACAACCACCUUUCCCAGUCUAACCAGUCGUUGCUGGAGGACAUCUGUGUGGCUGAAAACUACGAGGAGAAGAAGGCAAUAGCCUGUCCAGACAACAAAUUCGUUUUUCGCGAUGAUGAAGUAACGAUUUCAAAUGACUUUGGAAUUUUCUGCGAUGAAGAAUGGAAGCUAUCUAUGGUGGGCACCAUUAACAACCUGGGACAAUUCUUCGGUAUUCCCAUCGGCGGUUUUGUGGCAGAUCGCUAUGGACGGAGUUUCUCGAUCGCCCUGGGCGGAAUAAUGGGCGCCGUGAUCGGCACUAUUCGCUCGUUCUCGCCCAGCUAUGCGUGGUUCCUGGUAUUCGAGUUCCUGGACAAUAUGACCAGCAGCACGCUGUACUCCACCUGCUUCGUUAUCGGAAUCGAGUUGGUGGGACCUCGGAGACGAGUGCUGGCCUGCAGCGUCAUCACGGUCUUCUACGCCGUGGGGGAGGUUGCCCUGGCCAUGUUCGCCAAGGCCUUUCCCGACUGGCGCAUACUGCUGCGCAUCACCUACAUGCCCUCGCUCAUUCUGGUGGCCUAUUUCUGGAUCCUUCCGGAGAGCGUGCGCUGGCUGCUCAGCCAGGGUAAAGAGGAUCGGGCCAAGGGCAUCCUGCGCCGAGCCGCCAAGGUGAACAAGCGCAAGCUCUCGGAGAGUAUGCUGGACAAGCUCGUCCUGGCCAACCGGGACAAGUUGGAACAGUCGGCCGAGAGCAGAUUUCCGAUCCGCGAGGCCUUCAAAAACUUCAAGUGGCGGAUUGCCAACUGCUCCCUCUGCUGGAUCGUCCACGUGCUGGUCUACUACGGCCUCAGUCUCAACGUGGUGCUCCUCGAUGGCGACAAGUAUAACAAUUUCGCCUACAUCGCGCUAGUGGAGAUCCCCGGUUUCUUCUUGCCGCUUUUCAUCAUGGACCGCUUCGGCAGGCGCUUCUCCCUCUGUGGCCUGAUGCUCGCCAGCGGCCUCUGUUGCAUCGGAACGAUCUUCACCGGGCCAGAGCAGCCGGUACUGGAGCUGGUCCUGUUCCUGGUGGGCAAGCUGACCAUCACGGCGAGCUUCCAGGUGCUGUACUUCUUCGCAUCGGAGAUCUACCCCACCAAUCUGCGCAACAGCCUGCUCAGUUUCUGCUCGAUGAUGGGCAGAUUCGGCUCGAUGCUGGCGCCCCAAACGCCGCUUCUGGCCAAGUAUUAUGCCAAUGCUCCGGCCAUGCUCUUUGCCGGGGCCGCCAUCGUGAGCGGUCUGCUCACCCUGUUCUUCCCCGAGACCACCAACGUCGUCCUGCCCACCACGGUGCAGGAGGCGGACGCCAUUGGCGUGAAGAAGAAACCUUCGAAAGGCAAGGACCUCGAUCUAGUCGCACCGGCAAGUCCGCCGCAGUAACCAGUCAGCAGUACAAUCUUAGUCUAAGGCAACCUGCAUAUACAAAGACAUUUCUCUUCAAAUGUGUUAUAUAUUUAAGAAUAAUCCUUAUAUAAAUAUUCUAUUCUAGCCAUAA